AUCCUAAAACCUGGACUCCUUAUUUAAUAUUUAAAUAUUAUCUAUUUACAAAAAAAUUAUUAUUUGAAAAAUAUACAUUUGGGAAAUACACGAACAUAAAAUAACCUGUAUAUAACCUAGUCGACCACCUGAACUGCACCAAGGGGCGAGACACUUCACAACCUGUGCCAUCAUCGAACGAGAGACCUCAUUGUAAGCCGACCAAACCUGAAAAAUGACUGAAGAAAGAGCGCAUCAAUCCAGCCUACGACAUUAUUGGAGUAACCCUGUGUUCAAGGCACCUGCAUUUAUUGGUCCCAAUAUACCGACCACUCCAAGUUUAUUAUAUCGAUUCCAUGUGACCAGAGAACACCGACGCACUAUCGUGUAUGAACAACCUAACAGCAAGCUAGUCGAAAUCAGCGACAUAUCAUUUGUCAAUCCAGUACCAAGACCAGUAAUUGUUACCACGCCACCCGACUUCACGACUGUACCAUUUGUCGUGCCAUUGACUAUUAAAAUCGGAGAGUCUACGCACGAGAGCCAUUAUGACCUACGUGACACUGUAUCAGAAGAGACCUGGAGAACUUAUUGGCGAACAUUGUGCCAAAAAGUCGAAGCAUUACCACCAUCUACCAGAACAGUGGGAACCCAGACCGCUGAAACCAGAUUAUCAUCGGUACCUGGGUCAACUGGAUGUCUCCGAUGUAAAAGGAAGGGACAUUCCCACCAAGAAUGCUCCAACGCCAAAUUUGGAGAUGAUUAUUGUACCAGUUGUCUACGAGUAGGACACAACAACAACUCCUGCCCAUAUUUAUCAUCAUCAUCAGCUGGUUUUGAACUAAUAAAAGAAUUUUGUCUAUCAUGCAAGACACAGCAUCCAUAUUUCGACCCUAAAUGCAGAACCUGUAGAACUCGGGUUAACCUGAGCCGAGAAGACAGAGGAGCCGUGGACAUCCUACCACCAUAAUCACCAUCAUCUGCAUCAAACCAAGUGUCUCGCACCUGAGGUAACAUGUUC